CAAACACUAAUUAAUCACUUUGUGUGUGUGUGUUUAAACUAAUCAUAUUUUAAGAACAAAAGAAGAAGGGUUAUAUGGGGCACCAUUCAUGCUGUAAUCAACAAAAGGUAAAGAGAGGACUUUGGUCCCCAGAAGAAGAUGAAAAGCUUAUCAGAUAUAUUACUUCUCAUGGUUAUGGCUGCUGGAGUGAAGUCCCUGAGAAAGCUGGGCUACAAAGAUGUGGAAAAAGUUGUCGUUUGAGAUGGAUCAAUUAUUUGAGGCCUGAUAUUAGAAGAGGAAGAUUUACCCCUGAAGAAGAAAAAUUGAUUAUCAGUCUCCAUGGUGCUGUUGGCAACAGAUGGGCACAUAUCGCAAGUCAUUUACCCGGAAGAACAGAUAACGAGAUAAAAAAUUACUGGAACUCUUGGAUUAAAAAGAAGCUGAAAAAGCCUUCAAAGCCAUCAGCAAACACAACUUCUAUUACUGAUCAUCAUCACCAGCAGUCACAUCAAAGAUCUCAAUUGGUUAAUUACAACACAAUUACAAGCCAACAAGACAUAUUUUUCACUCAAGAUCUUGGAACAAAAUCUCAAGUACUCCUCCAAGAUUCUACCCUAUUCAAUUCUCCAAGCCAAUUGUUCUUUUUCGACAGUGGUUCACUCGACUCUAUGACAAAUGCUAUUAUUAAUGAUGCCACAAAUCGAAGUACUACUACUAAUAAUGCCUCGUUGUUUCAAGAAACAUCUACAUUGAACUCAGAGUUCUGCUGGCAAGUCGAUCAACAACAACAACAACAACUUCAAGUACAGACAUCUUCGUACGCGAUAGGGAUGGAUUCGAAUUAUUUGCCACCAUUGAUAGAGAGUAUGGUACCACCUAUGGAAAUACCUCGUAAUAAUAACAACAACAACAAUAUUAUGGUGGAAGGGCAAGAAAAUAAUAAUCAAUUGGAUGAAUGGAGUAGUCAAGUGGACACACAACAAUGUUGUCCAAGUUAUCUCUUUUGGGAUCAAGAAAAUGGAUCAAUUGGUGGUGAUCAUGAGAUUAAUAUAGAUCCAACUACAUCAAACAAUAUGGGACAAAUAUUAUCUUCUUUUCCUUCUUCUUUAUGAUGAUGAUUGAAGAUUUGAGAUUUUUUUUUUUUUUGGUCUUUUUUUUUUUUUUUUUUUGAAUUAUUUCGGGAGGUUUGUUAUUAAUUGAGUUGUGAGAUAGAUUAGAGAGUGAAAUGAAAGUUGUUAAUUAAAAGUGUUUCUUUGGACAUAUUCUCAAAAAUUAAAAGAGAGGAAAAUAACAUUGAGUUUGAUGUAUGAUAAAUGUUUCAUUUGUCCUUCAAUUUAAUUCACUUAUCAGUAUUAGAGUUUAA